GACCUCUUGGGGAUCAUGCCGGUCAUUGUCGAUGCCACCAACAACGAUGAGCCACCAGCAAAAUGUUGCAAACAUUGUGAGGAGUCUACGCACAGCGUGGAUGGCGGCCCAGCAUCGUGGCGUGUACCGCUCGAUCAGGAUCUAUUAGACACGCUAAAGGGUAAUUUUCCCAGUUGGUUUAAAAGUAGCAGCACUUCACCCACUGCAGCAGCAUCAGCAACAGCAGCGGUAGUUGGUACGUCUGGUAUAGCGGUAGGAAGUAAACAACAUUUGAUAUCACAACCAAAACAUCAAAUAGUGGCCACCAGUGUUAUACCAAUAAGCAUUGAUACCAAAUCGACUAGUAACAGCAACCAUAAUACACUCCAGCAACAGCAACAACAUCAAUUGCAACAGCCACAGACAAUUAUUUUAGGUAGCUGCUCAUCAUCAGCCUCGCCCGCCUCUUCCAUAAGCUCAAUUUCUUCCAAAAAAUCCACUAGCAGCAGCCUGAGCAGUUGCAGCAGCAGCAGUAGCAGCUCAUCGAGUUCUAGUUCUUGUUCAAAUUCCAGUUUGAAAUCGGUUAGUGCAGCAACGGCGACGCGUUUCCUUAAUAAAUCCACAUCCACAUCGCCUAACAAGAGUCUGGCCAGGACUCUAAAGGCCACACAACAAAAGACCCACAAUAGCCACAAUAGCCAGAAGCAAGUUGGCCAAUUGGUGAAAUCCUCAUCGUUGCACAGUUUAAGCAGCGGCAGUAGCGGCAGUGGUUGCAGCGGCAGUGGCGGCGGCGGCUCCCCGCUGCUGGCCACCAUAUCGAAAUCACCGCUAACCGUUGAGCUAAUUUCGAGUGCCGCCUGCAACGGCCUGCUGGCCACCAGGCUCAGCGGCAAGGCCCUAGAGCAUACAUUUCAGGACAUCAUAUUACUGCACGAGGCCUUCGACGAUAUGUCAGAGGGUGAACAACGUUUGCAUGCUACAUUUCUGGGAAGCAGCGAUGAUGGCAACAAUUCGGAUUGCUAUGAUGCUAGGCAAUCACCACCAAAAGCUAUUGUUGAUUCCAGUCCGCUGCAGCCGGCCAUGGAUAAAAACAAAGAAUCGCUCAAAGUGAAGCUGAUGGUGCGGAGGCCGCACUCACAACUUGUCGAGCAGGGCAUCAUACCAUCUCUGAAAACAUCGCCCGCCAUCCAUGAACAAUGCAAACAACUGGAAAGGGCCAAGACCAGCGAUUUGCUGAAGGCCAAAAUUCAACAGAGACCCAAUCGCGAAGAUCUCGAACGUCUGCACAUACUCGAAGAAGAUGAAUGCCACAUCGAUCCAAGUUUGGCAGAGAAACAGCGUAUGCUUAAGAAGGCUCGCCUGGCAGAUCAACUGAAUUCUCAAAUUCAACAUCGGCCUGGUCCCUUGGAGUUAAUUAAAAAGAACAUUCUGCAUACGGAGAAACCAAUCGAGAAGAUUGUCAAGGAGGGACUUGUCUCGUUCAAGGCCACCAGUGAGGGAUUGUUGACACGUCCGCAACAUCCGCAUAGCUAUGUCACCUUCGAUGAGGAUUCACAGAGUUCGGAGAGCGAUACGCGACAGACGCCGCCUCGUUGUGAUGAGAUGGCGACGGGGGCGGUUCCAGUGUCGGCUCCAACAGAUGUAUUGCAGGCAGCAGCUGCUUCGGCUGGCAUUGUCACGGUGGCUUUGACCAUACCCACGGCUAGUAGUGGUAGCCAGUUGAUGGUUAGCACGGCGCAGCAGCUCCAGCAGAUCACCAAUCACCAACCGACCACAACAACAACAACAACAGCUGCAACAGUGGGUUUUCCGGCUCCAGUACCAGUGCCACCACCUCCACCACCACCACCCCUGCCCAUAGGCAAUGUCAUGCAGACAAAUGCCGCCUCCAUCAAGGUUAAACAGGAGACGGCCAAUCUGUUUGAGGAACUCUGCCAAAGUGUGGCCGGUCCGACGGCCAGUCCCUUGGGUAAUCAUUUCCUGCCCAUGCUUGCCUCACCCUGUUCGCUGGCGUCCAGCACUUCCACACUAAGUCCAUUGUCUUCCAUUGCCUCGCCCCCACCGCCGACAGCUGCCACAACGCGUCUGCAGCUACAACCGGUCUCCGUUAAGUCAGAUGCACCCGGUAAGGAUAAGAACCGCAAGAAAUCAAAAUCUAAGCCUGUCUCAAAAGCGCGCACCAUCAAAUUCCAUGAAUACAAGGGUCCACCAAGUGCUGCUGGCCAAAAACAAGAUCAAACCCAGCCGGAGGAGACAUCCUAUCAAUUGAUGUUGGAGCAACAGAAUUGUCUCCUCAAGUUUCUCGAGAAUCUAAACAAACAUCAAUCAAUAUUGCCAGCAUCAACAGCAGCAGCAACGGCAACGGUUUCAGCAGCUUCUUCUGGUGGUGGUGCUGCCAGCAAUAGCAUUACGGUGACAACCAAAACGGUGCCCGCUCUGGCCCAAUCCCAAGCGGCUCCAGCUCCUGCUCCCAUCACCCUACCUAAUACCAUAUCGAUAACAAGUAGCGUGAGCGGAACUCCACUCAAUUUCGGUGAUGCUACCAUGAUAACACCCACACCCAUGGCAACACCUUCGCCGCCAACUUUAUCGUUGAUAGCGACACCACAGCAGCAGGGUUCAGCGUCCGGGACAGUGCCAGUGCCAGGGCCAGUAACAGUGCCAGUAUUGGGUGCCAAUACGAUGACGACAGCGACAGCAACAGGUUCGGUGGUAAUAUCAGCUCCAGUUACUGCGCCGAUUGUUGUCCAACAUCCACCGCCUUUACACUCGCCGGCACUCUCCAUUAGCUCAUCGAUACCACCCAGUCCGGCCACUAGCUAUGCCGAAUCCACCGCCAGUUCGAUCACCGAUAUGACCAGGCUAGAGAAAAUGAAAGUGUCAGACCUCAAACAGCAUCUCAAGCGCCGCAAUUUGCCCGUGUCUGGACCGAAGCCGCAGUUAAUUGAACGCCUUAAACCAUAUUUGCCAUUGGAGGCCAUUGAAUGCUCCAAUAAUGCGGUAGUACCAGUCUCCACCACCGAAGUGAUAACCAUCAGUGAUGCCAUGGACACCAGCAAUUGCGGUGUAAUGGAUCAAUCGCAGCCAAUGGCCAUGUUGGUCACCUCUUCGGAUGGAGGGCUAGAGCACGAGCAAAUGGAUGUGGUGCAACAUCAGCCGCAACAGCAGCAGCAACAGCAACAACAUGUGGAUUCCACCCAUUCCAUGACGUUGCAAACUAUAUUACCGCCACAGCCACAGACUGCCACCAUAAUACUGUCAAACGAGGAAUUGUUGCGGGAACAGCAAAGGAAAAUUGAUGAAUUGCAGCGACAAUUGCAGCGAUCUCAACUAGAAUUGCAGCAAAUACGCCAGAGGCAACACCAGCAGCAACAGCAACAUCACCAGCAGCAACAUCAAACGGUAACAGCUCAGGUGGUAAAUGCCCUACCUUCGCAGCAGAUCACGUUGAUAACAACUACACCUAAUGGACCACAGCAGACAUUGACCGUGUUGCCGCAGCAAUUGGAGAAAUCGAUUCCCGCCAAGGUGGCAGUAAAAGCUACUGCCACAAAAGUCAAUGGCGGUCAGCAAAAUAUUGGUCAAGGAUUGAUCAAGAAGCAGCCAAGCGCUAGUCAAAUUGUCUCAACGAAUACUAGCCAUCCGCCGCCAAUUAAUCAAAAAAUGGUUGUUAAGCAGCAGCUGGAAGCAAAAAUACAAAAGCAAAAGGCAGCAGCAGCAGCUGCAGCACUACAGCAACAACAGGCAGCACUACAGCAGCAACAACAACAGCUACAGCAGCAACAGGUGCGCCUGCUUACCCAAAAGACACAAACUGUACUCAUUCCAUUCAACAACAACAACAAUAAUAACAAUAAUAAUAACAACAACAAUCACAGUGCUGCUCCUUCUGUUAAGACGACAGCCAAGAAAUCGAACGUUGCUAACACAACGACAACAGCAGCAGGAACUUCCACUACAAUUUUGCAGACAGCAACAAAACCAUCAGCAGCAGUAGCAACAACACCAACAACAACAACAGUAGUCACACCCUCUAACCAACAGCAACAGCAACAACAUCACAACAAUGUGGGCCUAGUAUGGAAUGAAGGAAAUCAAACCAUAUUUCUUCUUGGACUCAAUGAUCAGCAUAUGACAGCUCAUACGCUGGGCAAUAUUAGCUUGACAGCAACAACAACAACUUCACAAUUACCAGCAACAGCAGUAACUACAAUGCCGUCAGCAACAGUUGCCAAGAAGCUUUUAAAUGGUCAUCAGCGCACAAAUUCACUACCAAGCAUUGUUUUUCCCAUUGAGACCAAGCACUUCCAGCAGCAACCACAGCAGCAACACUUGAUCCAAUUGGACAUAAAGCCAGCCUCAAGUCAACCACCACCGCAAUAUGAAGAGGCCACCAAACAAUUAGCGGCUAAUAAGGCAGCUGCCUUGGGUAUGCAUCCGCUGGUGAAGAUCAAGGAAGAGCCAGCUCAGUCCCCGGCCCCACCUGCCUUGGCUUCCUCACCCGCACCGCCACCAUUAACGGCAACAGCAUCAAAUCAUCAUCAGCAACAUGUUAAACGCAAAUCAAGUGCCGGCAUCAAAUCCGAACAGGUAAGCGAUGUUUUGGACAUACUCAUCCAGCAGGGCGAAUUGCCCGAAAGUGCAGCCCUUGAGCCGAUCACGCCGCUGACACCGUUGCUGCCCGAGCUAACCAUGUUCAACGGCAGAACUCCGACAAUAGCUGCCGGUGGGGCCAGCAUUGUUCCUCUUGUACCAAAGUUAGAGGCACCAGCCACGCCUCAGUCGUCAUCGGCAAUAAUGACGGGCCUAGAUAUAGCCAUGGACACUAAUGAGAGUCAGGGAUUUGGUCAGCCGGCGUCAUCAGCAGCGACAUCAGCAGCACCAGCAACCACAACAACAACAACGACUGCUCAUGGUUUCAUUGACAGCAUAGAUAUGGUUUCAUCGCCGUUGCAGGAUGCUGAAAGUGUUGCUAAAACUCUGGACAUUUUUCUUGAACAGCAUCAUGCCACGCCCCCGCCCAGUAGUACGCCGCCCAAAUGUAUCAACGAUAAGCCAUCUCAGCAGCAAAGCGGCCAACAACAACAGCAACAACAUCACCACCACCAACAACCACAACAACAACAGCAGCAACAAUCGAGUCUAUCGGAUGCCAAAAUCAAUCAUUUCGAUGAAUAUGAACUAUUGGAGCUCAUGUCACAGCAGCUUGAAAUGGAUAUUGGUGAUGAUUCAAAUAAUUAUUGCACUAGCAAUACAACGGCCAACACCUCCAUGUCAUCUUCGUCCAAGGGCAAUAAUAAUAUGCGACGCGAUCUCAAUCCCAGUCUGCAGCCCUCAAUCAAUGAACUGCUCGAUGCCAAUAGUCCGGAUAGUGUGCUCCUCAAUAAUAAUGCUGGAAACGAUGUUGACUUCGAUGCGGAUAGCUUUGUGGCCCAAUUGAGUCAACAUGUCACUGGUGGCAAUGGCGUCGGAGUCGGUGUCGGCGUCGUCGUUGGCGGCAACGGCAACAGCAACUCUAACAACGGUAAUGGUUCCACCUGCAAUGGCUCUGUGGACACGGGCCCAGUUGUCAACGGUCAUUUUAAUGGCACACCCAUGGACUGUGACGAUUUCGAGAGUACUCUUAAUUCGUUCAUGCAGGCGGUGAGUCAACCUCAGGCUGGGCCACAUACUAAUGAGUAUGUAUCCAGUAUGGCCAAUAGCAUUGUUGGCAAUGUUGCCGGUGGCAGUAGCAGUAGCAAUAGCAGCACAGUCCAGGGACCAGUGGAUGCCUUCAAUGCCAGCGGGGAUAUCUUUGAUCUAUUCAAUAUGGAUGACUAUAAAAUGAACUGGGCAACAGAUUUUACUGUCUGAACUGAAUAACCAUAAUCAUUAAAAACCACAAACACCAUCAACACCACAUUCGCCCGGGUGGUGCUCACUUUUCUCAACAAACAAACAACAACAACAACUCCAACACCAAACAACAACAAUUCCUGUA